GUACUUUCGCUGUUGGCGGCGCCGGUACCGGUGGUACACAGGCACAACAAGGCGAAUAUUUCAAUGGAGCACGACCCACAGCACGGACUGGUGCCGUCAGCUCUUCAUUAACCAAGGCACACAGCCGUGUUCGUUAUUCUCUGACCUUCAUCAGCUUGAGUCAAGCAAUAACACUCUACAGUCUGUGCAUCAUGUCGAACGCCAGUACAGCCUCACAAAAGCCAGCCAGGAGCCAGAGCACAACUCCCCGGGCCUCCAUUUCCAACGGCCUCAAAGAAAUUCACAUAGAUGAAGAAGUCAAGAUAGCAGUGAACCUCUCUCUGGAGAAGUUUCGCUACAGUGACCAGAAAGAGAUGGAAUUUCCCUCCUCCUUGUCCAGUACUGAGAGGGCCUUCAUUCAUCGUAUGGCACAGUCUCUGGGUUACAUUUCUAAGAGCAAGGGGAAAGGACUGAAUCGCUUCCUCACCAUCAGGAAGAAGAAUGGUUCAGACAAACCUCGGCCAACCAUGCCCCUCGCACUCUCCCACAAUUCCUUGUAUUUCAUCCGCAGCCUGCUUCAGAGGUUUCCCAUCACCAGUAAGGAACGCACGGACCUGCAGCCCAGCAACAGCAGUGGCAUGUCUGUGGCUGCGGAGCCUGACAACAGCUGUGACAAGAACAGGGCAAGUGGGCGCUUGAACAAUGGCAUUCCCAUGGUGCCUCGGAGGAGGAGUCCAUCGGAUCUGGACAGUUUCAGAUGCUCCUUGCCUGUGCAUGAACGCCAAGAGGAAAUCGUCCAGCUUAUCAGAGAGAACAGGGUGGUGCUGGUGGUGGGAGAGACCGGCUCUGGAAAAACCACACAGAUUCCACAGUUCCUGCUGGAUGACUGCAGCAGGAAUGGAGAGCCCUGCAGGAUUUUCUGCACUCAGCCCAGACGCCUGGCUGCCAUCGCUGUGGCUGAGAGAGUGGCAGCUGAGAGAGGAGAGAGUGUGGGCCAGACUGUCGGUUAUCACAUCAGACUAGAGAGCAGGGUCUCUCCUAAGACACUGCUGACCUUCUGCACCAGUGGAGUUUUCCUCAGGACAUUAAUGGCUGGAGAUGCCAGCCUCACAACUGUCACACAUGUAAUUGUGGACGAGGUACAUGAGCGUGAUGGUCUGACUGACUUCCUGCUCACUAAGAUGCGGGAUGUGCUGCAGAAGAUCCCCACACUGAAACUGAUCCUGUCCAGUGCUGCUCUGGAUAUAGACCUGUUCCUCCAAUACUUUGGCUCCUGUCCUGUUAUCCACCUUAAAGGAAGACAGUUUGAAGUGAAGGAACUCUUUCUAGAGGACAUUUUGAGGCUGACGGGCUUUAACAAUAAGGACGUGAAGAAAUACAAGGAAGAGACACAGAGAAAGGAGAAAAAGCAGCAAGUUUUGACAGAGUGGUGUAAGGCAGUGGAGAACAGCUUUGUGGAGGAGAAGCAGAGGGCACCUGUGUCUGCCCCUGGCUUUCUCCAGGACAGCAGCUGCCUGGACAGAGGUGACAGCACCUUCAACAAGCCGAAUAUGAAUGGUACAGAACAGCUGGAACCGUGGCUGCUGAAGGAGAUGGACGCAUGCAUUUCCAACAUUUUCCUCAAUGAAGACCAGGAUACCUUCAUUCAGCUCUUCAACCUCAUCCUCUAUGAAAAUGUUAACGUGGACUACACACACAGUGAGACAGGAGCCACACCUCUGAUGGUGACAGCAGGUCGAGGGUUCCUCGCACAGAUGGAGCAGCUGCUCAACAUGGGGGCCAACAUCAACAUAAAGGCGUCCAAUGGAUGGACUGCCUUAGACUUUGCCCAACAUUUCCAGCAGAUAGACGCUGUGGAUCUUCUCAAAGCCUCCAUUCCUUUGGGAGAGGCGAGUAGCCUGGAUGAGUCCACUCUGGUGCAGUGUGGCAGUGCAGAGCUGAGCAGUGAAGACCAGGAGCUACUCAAACUAUACCACCACAGCUUUGAUGAUGAGUGGGUGGACCUGGACCUCAUCAUGGAUCUGCUGCACAACAUCUGCUCUACCACCACUGAUGGUGCUACUCUGAUUUUUCUUCCUGGAUAUGAUGAGAUUGUGUCACUCAGGGACCGCAUCCUCUACGACGAUAAGAGAUUCUCCACACACUCUGAAAGGUACCAGGUUUUCACUCUACAUUCAGACAUGCAAACCCUGGACCAGAAGAAAGCCAUGAAAACCUCUCCACCUGGUGUUAGGAAGAUAAUUCUUUCUACUAACAUUGCUGAGACAAGCAUCACCAUCAACGAUGUUGUUUUCGUCAUUGAUUCAGGAAAGGUCAAAGAGAAAUCCUUUGACACCCUCAGUCAUGUAUCUAUGUUAAAGACAGUUUGGAUCUCAAAAGCCAGCGCUCUACAAAGGAAAGGAAGAGCUGGGCGCUGCAGACCAGGGAUUUGCUUCCACCUCUUCAGUCGACUCAGGUUCAACAACAUGCUGGAGUUUCAGGUUCCACAGCUGCUGCGGAUGCCUCUGCAGGAACUGUGUCUGCAGACCAAACUGCUGGCUCCCUCCUCCUGUCCAGUGUCUGAAUUCUUAUCCAAAGCUCCACAGCCUCCUCCUGCACAUGCCAUUAGGAAUGCUGUGCAGAUGCUCAAGACAAUAGAUGCUAUGGACCAGUAUGAAGAUCUGACUGAUCUGGGCUACCAUCUGGCUGAUCUACCUGUGGAGCCCCACCUGGGCAAGAUGGUGCUGUGUGCUGUGGUGCUCAAGUGUCUGGACCCCAUUCUAACCAUUGCCUGUACGCUUGGGUAUCGUGACCCCUUUAUUCUUCCUGCUCAGGGCUCUCAGAAAAGAGCUGCUCUACACUGCCGCAAACGCUUCACUUCCAGUACCUUCAGUGACCACAUGGCCCUGCUGAGAGCCUUCCAGGCAUGGCAGAAGGCCCGCAGUGAUGGCUGGGAGAGAUCCUUCUGUGAGAAGAAUUUUCUGUCCCAAGCCACCAUGGACAUGAUACUUGGCAUGAGGACACAGCUGCUGGGACAGCUUCGUGCCAUUGGUUUUGUGCGGGCCCGUGGGGGCAGCGACAUCCGUGAUGUGAACCUGAACUCUGAAAACUGGGCUGUGGUGAAGGCAGCCUUGGUGGCCGGCAUGUAUCCAAACCUGGUCCAUGUUAACCAGGAGACCUCCCUGCCUUCUAGUAACAAGGAGAAGAAAGUCCACUUCCAUCCCACAUCCAUCCUGAGUCAAUCCCAGUUCAAGGAGAACAACCCAGCCAGGUCAGUCCAGGCCCUUCCCACAGACUGGCUGAUCUAUGAUGAGAUGAGCCGAGGCCACAGGAUGGCCAGUGUCCGCUGUUGCUCUAUGGUGACUCCCAUCACUGUGGCCAUAUUUGGAGGCUGUGCCAAACUUCCCACCUCUGCCCUGCAGGAGCCUGCUGCUCAGAAAGAUAGUUCACUAGAUGACCUCAGUGACAGUGAGACAGAGGAGCUAGCUGAGAUGAAGAUUGAUGAGUGGCUUGUUUUCCAGUUGGACCGAGAGGCAGCAGGAUUGGUGUUUGAACUGAGGCAGAAGUGGCAGAAUCUUUUCAUCAAGAGGAUCCGUUGUCCUUCAAAGCCCUGGUCUCAACAAGAUGAGGCCAUCAUCCGAACCCUGGUUUCUGUGCUUGCAGCAGAGGAGCAGGGAGCAGGCCUACAGCAGCCCACAGGGAUUGGCCAGCGGCCCCGGCCCAUGUCAUCAGAAGAGGGGCCCCAAACUUUUGUGAAGAAUUCCAAGAGCAUCCCCCAAGUAUCCUCCAACACUACUGAGGACAAAUUCUCUAGAAUGCCAGCAGCUGCAGGCCUGCUUCAGAAGAAAGCCCACAGCAGAGAUGAGUCUUCACUGCCCAUAAAUCAGCUCUCUGACCCUCCGUCCUCCAGCAAUUCUUCCUGCUCAGUGAGCAUGGACAGUCCCUCUGACAGCCCCUGUCCCUCCUCUUCAGGAAAGCAGUGCUCAAAGCCUGUGUCCCCUCAGCUGGCCUUUUCAUCAGUCCGGUACUUCAUCAUGAAGAGCAGCAACGUCAGGAAUAUAGAAAUUUCUCAGCAGAAGGGUAUCUGGUCAACCACACCAAGCAAUGAAACCAAACUCACCAAGGCCUUCCUGGAGAAUAACCUCAUCAUCCUCAUCUUCUCUGUUCAGGGUUCUGGACACUUCCAGGGCUACGCUCGCAUGGUAUCAGCCAUCAGUCAGGAGAGCUGCCAGGACUGGGGGUUCAUGGGAUUAGGAGGGGUUUUCAGUGUAGAGUGGAUCCGCAAGGAGAGUCUUUCCUUCCACUGCACCCAACACAUCCUCAACCCAUGGAACGACCACAAGAGGGUCCAGAUCAGCAGAGAUGGACAGGAGUUAGAGCCUCAGGCAGGCAGCCAGUUGCUGUUGCUGUGGGGGAGGAACUCUGGCAAUCAAGUUUAAUAAGAGGCCUCGGCACCAGCAUCAGUACACCCCUCUGCACUACACUCACUGAGAUUACCUGAAAAGUUUUCUUUCUUGCACUACCACAACUGAAUCAAAUUACAUGUAUUUGACUUUUUUUCUAUGUGUUAUCUGCAUUUCACCUUAAAUGGUACAAGGACUACAAGCUACGGCAAGUCAGCAGAACAAUGGAAGAGAGACUGAUGCAUUUGAAUGUUUAACUCUCAAUGUCUCAUUCAGUUCUCAUUCAGUUUUUAUUCUUUGUAUGCAAAAGGUAGUCAUAUGUUCUUAUCAAACAGUAUGUUCAUCAUAAAAUUGGAAACUGAAAAGCUAAGAUGUUCUGACACUUGAUAUGAAUUAGAAUGAUGAAACAUCUUUGUAGGUUUUUAUCAUAGUUUUGUCACUGUUCAUAACUUCAGAAGCUCAUGCGGUUCAUUGACAUUGUUGCAGCAUAUUACAGUUAAGGUUAUUGUAAUUUUGUACAGUUAUUUUUUGUGGUAAUGUUUUGGUAGAGGAGAUUUUAAUGAAUAAUUAAAUGUUGUGACAUGUAUGCAUUAUUUACAUAAACAAUGUUUCUCUGCACACCCUUCUCACUCAAGUUCAGUGGAAAGCAAAAGAAAUUAGAAACUUUGUCAGAGUUGUUUAAUAAGUUAUGUUAUAUAUGUUAAAGCUACAUUCUCAUGAUAGUGCCUUUGGGGCAUUACUGCAGAAUCAGAGUAUAUACUGUAUACACUAUGUGACUUAUCUGAAUACAUAGUGAACUCUGCAAAAAAUUCUGCAAUGAGAGAAAAAAAAACAUAAUAUAUGUAGUUAACAUUUAAACCUUAAAGUGUAAAAAUGAUCACAUAUUUUUCAGCUGUAAGAGCAGAGGGGGGUUAAGUGUUUUUUUUUUUAAGUCAUCCUCACGACUUAAUCCUAUUAAUGGAAUAAUAAAAAUAAAUGCUGAUUUCACCUCAAAACUCAUCAGUUGUGAGCAGUUUGGACCUUGGUCGUUAAAAACAAGGGUGCAGUUUGAGCUGGAGAGACUGGGUGACAUGUCACCCUCACUUUUCAAAAUCAGUGACUUCUGACUAUCCAGCUGUUUUUUUUUGUCAUGGGUUUUGAGUGAAACUUGGUGGGACUGUCUGCAGACACCACUUGGGGCUGAAUAAAAACUAUCCUAUCUAUAACA